CCGGCUUCGGGGGGCCGCUGGCACCCGGGGAGGGAGGUGGUGUGUGGUGGCGUCAUGUGGGCCGGCGCGCCGCCAUUGGCCGCCGCCUCUCACCAGACCGAGCGCUGGCGGCCGAGGACGCCGCCCGUGCUGCGGUAGGAAGCCGCGGCUGCCGUCCCCCAGCCGCCCCGCCUCUCCCUCCUCAAAAAGAGGAUGUGACCCGGGGACGUGACAGCGUCGGGGCUGCUGCUUCAGCUCAGCUCAUUACCGGGGUGCGAGUCAAAGUUUAUACCGAGAGACGAGCCUUUCCGGCGUUUAGUGCCAAAUGCCGAGCCUGGUCGGAGGCUGGCGAAGCUGCCCCUGUUCCGCGGCUGUCAAGCCUGAGAGCGUGUGCAGAGCGGCCGGGAUGGCAGUCGCUGUCCCUGGGGUCCUGGGUCAGCUGCGGGCGGCCGGCCUCGUCAGGCGGGGACUCGUCCUCUUCGCUGUCGGCGUCGUCCUGGCGCUGGUGCUCAACCUGCUACAGAUCCAGCGGAACGUCGCGCUCUUCCCGGAGGAGGUGGUCGCCACCAUCUUCUCCUCUGCCUGGUGGAUCCCGCCGUGCUGCGGGACGGCAGCUGCCAUCGUGGGCUUGUUGUACCCGUGCAUCGACAGUCACCUCGGGGAGCCGCACAAAUUCAAAAGAGAGUGGGCCAGCGUCAUGCGCUGCAUUGCCGUGUUCGUGGGCAUCAACCAUGCAAGUGCUAAACUUGACUUUGCCAACAAUGUGCAGCUAUCCCUGACCCUGGCCACCCUCUCUCUGGGCCUGUGGUGGACCUUCGACAGGUCCCGGAGCGGCUUCGGCCUCGGAGUCACUGUCGCCCUCCUCGCCACACUCAUCGCGCAGCUCCUGGUCUACAACGGCGUCUAUCAGUACACUUCCCCAGACUUUCUUUACAUCCGCUCCUGGUUGCCAUGUAUAUUCUUCUCGGGCGGAGUCACCGUCGGGAAUAUUGGACGGCAGCUGGCGAUGGGCGGAGCAGAGAAGCCUCAUAAUGACUAGAGAGGAAGAGGAGGAGGAUGCAAUGCCAAUGUCACGUGGAUGAAGAGCACCCUGGGAUUCCCCCCAUGCCCCAGGUGCACGACUCUGGGGACGCCAGCGUGACCUUCGUCGUCAGUCUCCUGCGGAAGCUCUGGGCCUGUGGAGUUUCCAUGCAGCGUGCCAGUCGUUAAGGGGUGGGCCUUGUCUGUGCUGGUGGCCAAAUGAACCCCCCCCCCCAAAUCUAAGCCUUCACCCUGGCUUUUAUUAGACCAUGGUGUGCUUGACAAAUUUCUCUGAGUGGAAAGUUCGGUUUUACCGUGUGAGGAAUGUUUUUUUUUUUUUUGUGAGAAAAGGUGUUUAAGACACAGGUGCUAAAAGGUAUGCUUUUGCUUUAUGGUAUUUUAUUCUUAUCUCAUGAGUAAGGAAACUUUGAAAGGGAAAUGCCUGAUUCCUGUGCAAAAAAUGUUGCUGACGUCCCUGUUUCUGUUGGGGAAUUUUACCAACUGACUUUAUUUUAGUAUCUUUAGCUUUGAUCCAAAUAUCGUAGGUGCAAGAACAGUUUCCCAGACCCUUACCAGCAGGAGUGUAAACCAAGGUGUUACCAGGAUCACGUAUAUUAACUACUAGUCAGAAUUCAGCUGACCCUGCAGAUUGUCUGCACGUGAAUGGGGUAUCUCGAUGGAUAAAAUCAGAUGCUUUUAAAGAAAAAAAUCAGCGUUUCUUGGUGUGAGGUUUUCGGUCUUAAUGUGUCCUCAGCACUGAGCUUUACCGUAUUACCCAGUGUGUGACACUGGUGAUUCAUUUCUGGGCGUUUUUCUUUGCGGAGCCUAAGAAAACCUGCAGUCUGUGAUUGCCUCUGUAAUAUUAUACCAACUGAAGUGCUUUUGUCACUAUUGAAGUUUUUAGUCGUAUCAUUUGUAAAUAAUUUUAAUUUCUUCACUUUAAUUGCCAUGCUUGUUACAAAGUUGGAGUAAGAUCGUUGACAUGCAAUCAGUUAUAUGCCUGAGCCUUGUGUCUUAUAUUUAUUAUUAUUGGUAUUUCUGCUGUUACUCAAGAAAGGAAUUUACUGAAUCGUAUGCAGUAUAGAUGCAAACCAAGCAAUAACAAUACCUGUUCUGUGUGUCCGGAAACUUCUGUGCUAUCAGAACCACUUCCCGCUGCUGGUGGGCAAGCCCCCGCACUGUGGUAAUGCCCACUUUCACCCUGGGGGAAUGCCCCCUGCCAUGUUCAGUUUUGGCGUUUCUCCGAAGCAGGGAGUUGGGGGUGUUGGUUUCUGGGUUUUGAAUCGGAGGUGUAGUGCAGCCGACAGGACGCAAGAGCGAUCUGAUGGCUGUCCUGUUUGCUUCUCCACUGUUCGAAGCUCGCGUCACCUGUAUGCCGUGGCGGGAACGAAGACAGCUUCACUGUGUGACUGAAGCUGAAGCAAUGAUUGUCUCUGUUGCUUUUUUUUUUUUUUAAAUUAGUAUCAAAGUGAGUGUGCAUCUGGCUGCCUCUCACUUUAUACUGCCUUCUGAAUGACUGACGCAGAAAGAAUAAAAGCAGAAAACUCA